CAUGGUUUCCCCAGGCUGGAACAGGCUUUGUUUUAAAUAAUAGCAGCCUACCAGUGUGGGCUCGUCUGCUGAGCUUUCUGUUGCUAGUCCAGAGUAGGCGGGGUUUUACUCCACCUGCCAAGAGGACCGCUGGGACAAAUUCCGCUCCGCUGCCCUGGAGAAACACUCAAAACUACAAAAAAAAUAAAUAAAUAACUCACCAGUGGGUUUAUUCUCCCUUUGAGUGCGCGGGUGUUAAAGCCAACCGCCCACUGCUCUGGGUGAUUGAUGGGAAACUGGAGGAGGAUUCGUCCUGGUCUCGGAUGCGCAGUCCAGCCUGCAGGGUGGCGUUCAUGCGGUCUGAAACUUCAUACGGGACAGAGGAAAGGAGUUAGUUUUUUAGUUUUUUAGUUUUUUAAAUAGCCUUUAUUUUAAAUCUCUUGGAGUUUUAAAAUUGCAUCUUCACAAACUGGACCAUUUACGUUAAUGACAGCGUUGUUGGCCCGGUGAAAACAUGCCACACAAAUGAUGUUUAAUGUUUCUAUGGGUGGAGGUUCAUUCUCUAACAAUUUAGAGGACUUCGACUCCAUCCGCAGUGUUCUCCUUUACAGCGACUUGGAACCAGAAUGGCUGGAUGACAUCCAGAAGAAUGGGGAGCUUUUCUACCUGGAGUUGAGUGAGGGCGAAGAGGAGGCUGCGUUGGCCCACGCCGCCAACCAAGGUGUGGCCACUAAUCAUGUUCGCUUUAGCGAAAAGGAGGCAGAGGUCAUCACGGAGGAAAACAAGAAGCAGCGAUGCGGUUCAUGGACGAAAGGUGAGCCCCCAUUAAAGAGGCUAGCCAGGAUCCUCAGGAGAAAACGCCGGCCAUCUCAGCGUAGAGUAGGAGGGAAGGAUGGGGGUAAAGACAACUCGACUUUAUCAUCACCUCCAGCAUCCAUCCUGAAGAACCAGCCAGGUCAAAGGCAGGGUGUGAUGUUUCAGCAGCAGCAGCAGCUGAAGGAAGUGUGUGUCUACGUCAACCCUAAACGUCUUGGAGGUUCAUCAACGCCUCUCUCUGACAGUGGAGGCCUGCUGGAAGCACUGCUGGGGGUGGUGCAUCGCCCCUCCUGGAGCAGAGGACCGGCAAACUCUGCAGGGGUCAAACAGGAGGAAAGACUGACUGUUCAUGGAUUAAUACCCAAUAGCCCGGCCAUCAAAUGUGGCCAAAUCUUAAUUGGUGAUGUGCUUGUCGCAGUGGACGAUGUGGAUGUGGCCUCGGAAAACAUUGAGAGGGUUCUGUCCUGCAUCCCAGGGCCAACACAGGUGAAGCUUACGUUGGAGACGGUGGCCCAGGUGGACAGAAGCAAUGCUAGUGACACUUCAUCAGUCCAUAGGAUGAAGGCCUCUCCGCCUGUCAGCCAGCUGGUGCGUCUGCUGUGGGGGGAAGACACAGCCGAACUUCAGAUGUCCAUAAGACACAUCCCCCACAUUGUCAUGUACCUCUCACUUAAACUGGACUCGGCAUCACCGCAGGACGAGGAGGAGAUCUUGUACAAGUACCCGGUGUCUGAAGCGUCCGGCCAGCUGAAAGGAGUCCGGGGGAUCUUCCUCACUCUGUGUGACAUGCUGGAGAACGUCACCGGAGGGCGGAUACUCAGUUCUUCUCUCCUGCUUGGGAAACAGCUGGUUCAUGUGGGCUACUGGAAGGAAAGCAACAACCUGUUGGUCAUCGGUCUUCCCGCUGCCAGGGUUCCACUGCUGUAUUUGCAGACGGUGGUGGGAGAUGUGGUCCGGACACUAAAAGUGAUGUACGGCUCCUUAGACAGUGCGUUCUGUAAGGCGGACCAUGCUCCCAGGUUGGACCACUUCUUCUGCCUGUUCUUCCAGCAGCUCAUCCAGCCGUCUCGACUGAGGGACGGCUCCUCAGCCCUGACCCCCGAUGUCUCAGGGACCCUUUUUGUCGACGGACUGCCGGCGGUCCGAUGGCUCACGCUGCCUCCAGAAAUCAAGAUGGAGGUGGAUACAGUUCUCUCUGAUUUUGAGUCUUCUGAUUUUGGAGAAAUGUCUGAGGACUUUUUUGGCCUGAGACGUCUGUAUGUAAUUCUUGGCUCAUGUUUGUUCUACAAGUCCUACCUGAUUGCCAACCAUCUGCCCAAAGAUGACCUUCUGGAUGUGUGCCUGUACUGCCAGCACUACUGCCUGCUGCCGCUGACAUCUGAGCAGCGGGUGGGUCAGCUAGUCAUCUGGAGGGAGGUGUUUCCCCAGCAGAGAGCUAAGGGCAGCACAGCACCAGGCUACAGCCAGCCUCAAGGACGGCACUUCCUCCUCAUUGUGGGGCUGAAGCACUUUAUGCAGUGUGUGCUGUUGGAGGCAGGUGGCGCUGCUUCACCAGCUUUGGGCUCUCCAGGACCUGAUUGUGUUUAUGUAGAUCAGGUGAAGGCCACCUUGCUGCAGCUGGAGGUGUUGGAGGCAGGUAUUGAGGAGCGUCUAAAUGCUCCAUCUGCUCCCUGCUUGUCCUGUGCUGACUGGUUCCUCCCUGCUGCUACGGCCCGUGACCGCCUGGACAACCUGGCCCCUUCUUCCCCCGUCUUCAGCAAGAUAGCCAGUGCAGUUAAAGGCUCAUCCGCUGGAAACAGAGGCCGCAGCCUGUUUGGGGAGAGGUCACGGAGGUCUAGCCCCCAGAGGAGCCUUUCAGACAGCGGGAGUGAGGGACAUAUGGAUGCCGGGUCAGGGUCUGGUUCAUUAAUGGCUCCAGGCCUCAGUCCACAUUCCACACCAGACUCAGGGAGGAAGCUGGGGGGGCGUCGAAAUUCGCUUGGAUCUGGAGGAUCUGAUGGGAGUGGAAUCAGUGGAGGCCUUUUCAAGAUUCCCAGGAUGAAGCACCCAAACCCAUUCUACCUGGGCACCCUGAGGAAGACCCUGACUGAAAAGGAGACGGAGGAGAUGUACAACACCAUGAAACUGACCUCAGGUGCAGAGAACACCUUGUUCCACUACGUCUUGAUGGAAACUGUUCAGGGGAUCUUCAUUGCUCCAACUAACAGAGAGGUGGCUCAGCUCAGCGGCUCCAUCCACCCACAGCUCAUUCGCAACUUCCACCACUGCUGCCUCUCCAUAAGGGCUGCGUUUCAGCAGAGCUUGCCAACCAGGGGCCGUCGGGCUGCAGACAGGCCUCAGGGCGGUGGUUGGGGUCUGGGUCCAGUAAAGGAACACGGGGUCCUGUUUCAGUGUAAACCUGAGAACUGGACCGACCAGAGGAAACCUGCUCCCACCAUGACAUACUGGGUUAUAGGACGGAUGUUGCUCGAGCCCGUCCCUCAAGAAUUCUACGUGUGUUUCCAUGACUCUGUGGCAGAGGUUCCUGUUGAGAUGGCCUUCAGGCUCUCCUUCGGACUGGCCUUUUGAUUAUUAGAUCUGACUCUGGCCUUACAUUAUUGAUGAUUAAGCAAAUAGUGAGUUGAAACCAAGUCAUUUUUGUGCCUUGUUGCUCAACAGAUAUGUGCCAGGUUCGUUUUGUAUAUGAAAAGCCUCUCAUUCAUUGAAUACCUCAGACACUUUGGUGUAAGCCUCUGAUAAGAGCAGA